GCGCACCACGUUCGUAAAAUCGCCGCACUUUCUCCCCAGGAGGGUGCUCCGACCCGUAGGGAGGAAGAGGGAUGGGUGUCUCGCGCAUUUCCCCCCCCCCCUUCCCCCUCGAGACUGACAACGAAAACACACAGCACAGCGCUUGGAUGUAAAAUCGAAAUAUCCUCCCUCCCGGAAUUACGAUAUACCUACCCCUCGAGUGCUCGAGUCGAUCCGCGCCGAGUCGAGUCGCUCCGCCCGUCUGUCACACCGGGGGGUUGCGAAAGGUUUCCUCUCCACGGUGCCUCCUCCUCCCCCCCCCCGUCCGGGAUUCCAGGGAGAUAAUUACACGGCCGGUUACAUCGAUCACCUGAUCGGGUUCGUCGUCGGAGGUGCGAUGUGCCGUUGUAUACGUAAAUAACCGCGUGUCUCUCUGUGAUAAAAGCGUCACGUGAAACCUUCUCCUCUGCGUGUCAUGUAUCGGAAAUUUAAUGCUGAACAAACUGUGAUUCACCAGGCAUAAUGGGACUAUAUUGUAAACUUGUAAAUACUUUGGACAGUAAUGCCAAACUAUUAAUAAAGAUUUGCGAAACACCAUAAAAAGUGAAAACAUUGUUAUGAAACUUUUGGACUUUACCUAAAUGGAAGUAUUAAGGAACAACUUUGAGCAAUGUCAUUAAGAAUGGAUCCUAUACAGGAAGUACAGCAGCUGGAAUUGCUAUGCAAGCAAUUGUAUGAGUCACAAGAUUCGGCGCAUCGUGCAGAGGCAGAGAAAGCCCUCGUCGCUUUUCAAAAUGCACCGGAUACGCUUACAAAGUGCCAGCUUCUCUUGGAUCGUGGAGAUUCUGCGUAUGCUCAAUUACUGGCCGCCACCACUCUGACAAAAUUGGUGUCACGGUCUGCACAGGGACAGCUUACAACAACACUCAGCUUACAACAGAGACUUGAUAUACGAAAUUACGUACUCAACUACUUAGCAACGCAACCAAAGUUACCAAAUUUUGUGAUACAGGCUUUGGUUACACUUUUUGCUAGGAUAUCAAAGCUUGGGUGGUUCGAUUCUGACAAAGAAGAAUUUGUCUUCAGAAAUGUAGUUAGUGAUGUAGCCAAGUUUCUUCAGGGGUCAGUGGAACACUGUAUGAUAGGAGUACAAUUGCUCUCUCAGUUGACAUGUGAGAUGAAUCAAGUAUCGGAAGCUGAUGCGAAUAGAUCUCUGACAAAACAUAGAAGAAUAGCGAGUAGUUUUAGAGACACGCAACUAUUUGAAAUAUUUAGGUUAUCGUGUACUUUAUUAAGUACAGCCCGUGAAAAUUGUAAAAGUUUAAACUUCAAUGAUGAGGCACAGCAUGGUUUGAUAAGACAAUUGUUGAAACUUGCACAAAACUGUUUAACAUUUGAUUUUAUCGGCACUUCGACUGAUGAGAGUUCUGACGAUCUUAAUACAGUACAAAUUCCUACAAGUUGGCGACCUGCAUUCUUGGAUUUCACUUCGUUGAAACUGUUCUUUGAUCUAUAUCACAGUUUACCUAAUACGUUAUCGUGCUUAGCACUUUCAUGUCUGGUACAGAUAGCAUCUGUCAGAAGAAGUCUGUUCUCUAAUACUGAAAGGGCAAAAUUCUUGACACAUUUAGUCAACGGUAUUAAACAUAUACUACAAAAUCCUCAAGGUCUCAGUGAUCCAGGGAACUAUCACGAGUUUUGUAGAUUAUUAUCUCGACUGAAGAGCAAUUUCCAGCUUGGCGAGUUGGUUCUAGUGGAAGAUUAUCCUGAAGCAAUACAGCUAAUCGCAAAAUUUACAGUGCAGAGUUUGCAAAUGUGGCAAUUUGCACCCAACAGUUUGCACUAUCUUUUGACCCUCUGGCAGAGAAUGGUAUCAUCUAUGCCGUAUGUCAAGGCGGGAGAUCCACAUCUAUUAAAUACAUACACUCCGGAAGUUACGAAUGCGUAUAUUACAUCGAGACUCGAAUCGGUAGCGGUAGUAGUCAGGGAACGUCUGGAAGAUCCGUUGGACGAUCUAGGAGUGGUUCAUCAUCAGUUGGAGCAGAUAUCGGUCAUUGGCAGAUGCGAGUAUCAAAAAACGUGCACUCUUUUAGUUCAGUUAUUUGAUCAAGCAGCGAGAACCUAUCAAGAAUUAAUGGCACAAACAGUCUCACCGUCACAACAGAUUGAUAUUGCAAUCCAGGAGGGACAGCUCACAUGGCUUGUUUAUAUAAUUGGUGGUGUUAUCGGAGGAAGAGUUGCGUUCAAUAGCAACGAAGAGUUUGACGCUAUGGACGGAGAAUUAGUCUGUAGAGUUCUUCAAUUGAUGAAUCUGACCGAUUCGAGGCUUGCACAGGGUGGCUGUGAGAAACUGGAACUGGCGAUGUUGAGUUUCUUCGAACAAUUUCGAAAGAUUUACGUAGGCGAUCAAGUUCAAAAGAAUUCUAAAGUCUAUAGGAGAUUAUCCGAUGUGUUGGGUCUUAAUGAUGAAGCUAUGGUACUCAGUAUUUUUAUUCGAAAGAUAAUAACAAAUUUGAAGUAUUGGGGUAGAAGCGAACAAAUAAUUUCCAAGACACUACAACUUUUAAAUGAUUUAUCCGUGGGUUAUAGUUGUGUUCGCAAACUUGUCAAAUUAGAAGAAGUACAAUUUAUGCUCAACAAUCAUACACGAGAACACUUUCCAUUUUUGGGAAACAAUGUUGCUGUAACAGAAAUGCGCUGUAGAUCCAUGUUUUACACAUCUCUUGGUAGAUUAUUAAUGGUAGAUUUAGGCGAAGAUGAGGAGAGGUUUCAUACGUUUAUGUUACCUCUUACAGGUGCAUUGGAGAGCCUCGGUCAAUUAAUGGGUGCCGCAGAUACACCCCUUUUCGCGGCAGAAGAAGCGAAAAAAGCGUUAAUUGGUCUAGCGCGAGAUCUUAGAGGCUUAGCUUACGCAUUCAACACCAAGACAUCCUAUAUGAUGCUUUUCGAUUGGAUAUAUCCGAAUUACACGCCGAUUUUAUUACACGCUGUGGAACUAUGGCAUCAUGAGCCGCAAGUGACAACGCCCGUCCUAAAGUUAUUCGCUGAGUUAGUACAAAACAGAAGUCAACGAUUACAAUUCGAUGCAUCGUCUCCGAAUGGGAUCUUGUUAUUUCGUGAGGCCAGCAAAAUAAUAUGUAGCUAUGGCAACCACAUAUUAAAUGUUGAAGUACCCAAGGAUCAAAUUUAUCCUCUAAAACUCAAAGGAAUAAGUAUAUGCUUUAGCAUGCUAAAGGCAGCCUUAUGCGGAAGUUAUGUAAACUUUGGAGUGUUUAGGCUAUACGGCGACGAGGCAUUAGAUAAUGCCCUUAAUACAUUUGUCAAACUGCUCCUUAGUAUUCCACAGAGUGAUUUAUUGCAUUAUCCGAAGCUGUCGGCAACAUAUUACUUGCUGCUUGAAUGUCUGGCCCAAGAUCACAUGGUCUUUUUAUCCACCUUGGAACCUAGGGUUUUUCUCUAUAUCCUCUCCAGCAUCAGCGAAGGCCUUACAGCACUAGAUACCAUGGUAUGUACUGGUUGUUGUGCAACUUUGGAUCAUAUUGUCACGUAUUUGUUUAAGCAACUUUAUCAAAAAGGAUAUCCAGGAAGAAAAAAUGCAGUUGUUCCAGGAGGAGGGGAGUUAUUUUUGCAAGUUUUGAAGCAACAUCCUGAAAUACUUCAACAAAUCCUAAGUACUGUUUUAAAUGUGAUAAUGUUUGAGGAUUGUAGGAAUCAAUGGAGCAUGUCUCGUCCUUUGUUAGGUCUCAUAUUGUUGAACGAAGAAUAUUUUAAUCAAUUAAGGGAAAAUAUUAUUAGAAGUCAACCUGUUGACAAACAAGCAGCAAUGGCGCAGUGGUUUGAAAAUUUAAUGAACGGCAUUGAAAGAAAUUUACUCACAAAAAAUAGGGAUAGGUUUACACAAAAUUUAUCAAUGUUUAGAAGAGACAUAAAUGACGCCCUAAAAGGACCUAAUAUAUCAAAUUCAGUCACUGACAUGAUGACGUCGUAGUAAUACUGCUCUCUCUCUCUCUCUGAGUUAGAUUCUUCUAGGUUCUUGCCUGCCAAAUGCUUGAAUGUGUGUGCGAGUGAAACUCUAAAUUAAUGAUGAAAUUAAAAUUAUGGCUUUAGAUGAGUAUAAAGAUAAUAAAUACUACCUUUUUGUACACAUGAGCAUUAUUGCUUGGCUUCCUAUUCUGCUUAAUUUAAUUUUCUUAGUUGCUGAAUUAGUUAUACUCACCACAUAUUGGUUUACAUUCGUGAUAACAAUAAAAUUUGCAUUAUUGUUUUCUUUCCCAUAUACACAGCUCAUUAUAAUUUUACACUCAUAAUUUUAUUGUAUUCUGAACAAAAAUUAGAAUAAAAAUUAGAUUCUCUUUUGAUUACCUUUAUACUCGAAUUUUUUCAACUACUUUCAAAAUAAAUAUUCCAAUAUUUUUAUAACUAAGUACAUAUUAAUACUAAAAAUUGACAAUUUUUCUAUGACAUUUUAUAGUCAUAUAAAAAGUAUACAUUUGAAUCUUUCAACGCAAAACAUUCUUACAUUUUUCAUUCAAUUUCUUUUUACAAUCUUAUGGAAAUAUAUGGAUUAAAGAUUAAUUAGUAGAAGUGUUUCUUUUAUUUUAAUUUUACAUACCGAUAUAUAAUAUUUUUAUAUGCAUAUUUAUUUGCCAUAUAAUUUUUUAUUUCUACAAGGAGCUUUAACAUUUUUGUGUAUCAUAAUCAAUUUAUGCCUUUUGCAUCUAAAACUAUAUAAGUAAGCACUAAGAUACAUACAACUUUUUCAAGUUAUUAUUAUCUUAAUUAUCAUUAACUUAUUUCAAAUUUUUUGACAUUUUUUACAUAAAUAAUAUAAUGUCUUAUAGGAAUUUAAUCUCAUAUUCUUUGUAUUCAAUUAUAUUUUCGAAGAAAUCAAACAUUUUUAAGUAAUUUUAUAUAGUUUUUAGAAAAGAUUAGCAUUAUUAUUUACAAUUAUGUAUCAAAUCUUGCCAUGCGACAUUUAUUCUGUCAACAAAAUUUCCGACAUAUGUACAUUUUAGAAUAGGAAGCCAAUAAUCUCUUUUUUAUUUUAAAUGACAUCUUCCAUUUAAUUUUCAGUGCAUAACAUCCAUUUUUAAAAUCCCAAACGUGCAGUUUAGAGACGUUUAUAACAUUACAGAUUCUUGUAUUGGCAUAGCAUUGUAGAAGAAAAAGAGAGAAGCAAGAGCAGAGAGGCAAAUCGCGAUACAUUUAUUACUUAAAAUUUAUUCAAGUAAAAACUGCUAAAAAAUUAUUAUUUAUUCGUAAAAAACUUAUUCAGUCAGUUACGAAUGAUAUGAUGAACAAUGUACACAUGAGGAUAUCAUUAAAUUUAUUAUACGAGGAUUCACACUUAAGAAUAUAAUCAUUAUUAUAUUAAGUUAUCGCGUUGGCAUUGCAUAUUUCAUUGAGAAGACAACUAAAAGAAAUGUGAAAUAGAUAUAUUACGAGGAGUUAAAUAACAUUUGUUGAUUUUACAACAUAGUAACUUUAAAAUUGAUUGUAUACUGUAAAGCAAAUCGCAUUUUGAGCAAUUGUAUCUAAACAGCAUUGUCUCAUUAUUGAUACAUCACAAACUUCUAUAUUUAUUGAUAUUUAUUGAUUUAUAAUUGUCCCAAAUGUUCAAAUUUUUAUCUCGAUAAAUAUAGAGAUAAAUAUCAAAUACUUGAUAUAUUUUAUAACAAAACACACGCAGGUGAUUUGAAAAAUGAGAAUACGAGAAGAAUCAAAUAAUUGCGAAAUAUAUACAGAAUAAGAUAUUAAGAUUCCCCUAUAUUGAAACGUCUUUAAUCAUCCUCUUUUGUUGUAAAUAUGGUUGCAAAAUUUAUUAGCCAUAUAGGAGAGAUAGAAAACAUUCCAUUAUUUUUUUAUACAUAUAUAUAAAUAUAUAUUCCAUCUUUUUUA